AUGUCUCCCUUAAGUGUCUACAAACUGCAAGAAUCUAACGUUAAGUUUGAUUCCGUGGACCAGCUCUUGGACGCCAUGAGUCCAGAGAUUCGUAAUUUGACUAAAAUCUCGUACAAAGACUUCUUAACGGACGCCAAGUUCUCCAAGAAGUUCAUCACCGAAUUGGUUCAGUCGAUAGCGUUAGUCAACUACGGACAGGAUGUCUCCAUUCCUGCGUUCGUCGGUUGCGUGUCGUUCGCGGGCGCCGGUGAGCACUUGUGGGCCAUCAAAGGGGGCAACAAAUUACUGCCCAAACUAUUGGUUAAGAAUUCAGAGGCGAACCUACUAUUGAAUACAACCGUCAAUUCAGUGACAUAUUUGGGGCCAAAUCUGUUUGAAUUGAGUAUAACUGAUACGACGGGCCAGACAUCCACUAAACGCUACAACAGUGUUAUAAUCGCAACCCCUUUGACUGAAAAUCAGAUACAAUUCGUUAAUUUCAGCACUGAUUUGAACGUAAACUUUCCCAAACGGGUAUACCAUAGGACUGUGUCGACGCUAGUGGCCGGACAUCUGAAUAAGAAAUAUAAGGGAAGGGAUGUGUUAAGUGAUAACGAAAGCAAUUUCUUCACAUCCAUUGGCAGAGUAUAUCCGGUGGACGACUCGACCGACGAGAAGAUACCCGUCUAUAAGGUGUUCAGUCGGACGCCACUCUCUACGGAACAGUUGGACCUUAUUUUCGGUGACAUUCAAGUGGUUCGCGUCAAAGACUGGUACGCGUAUCCACAUUAUGAUAGCGUUUCCAAACCGUUGCCACCUUUUAUACUACAUCCCGGUGUCUAUCACUUGAAUGCCAUCGAGUGGGCCGCCAGUGCCAUCGAAAUGAGUCUAAUCGGCGGUAAAAAUGCCGCACUUUUAGUGUACAAUCAAUUGGGAGGCAAAACAUCGGAUGUUUACACCACAAAGACGUUCACAAUUAAGCCAAUAAUCGACGAAUUAUAACAAUUGUCAAAAUUGUGACACAAAGUGAUCCACACGCCCACCGAUAGUUCAAACUUAAGCCCAACUUUUACCGUAAUUUAAUAUUUUGUUUCUAUUAACCGUUAUGUUAAUCAAGUUUUUAUGUUAAACAAUAACAAUGAAAUGUCC